AUUACAGCCGCUGUUUUUUUUAUUUUUAAUCGAAACUUAUGGAUGCUUUGUCAUACCUAGACGUUCCCGAGUCAUUAAGGGCAGCUAGCUUAUACACAGAUAGCUUACCGUGCUAGCAGCCAUGCAGUGGCAGCCCAAAACAAAUCCACAUAUUUAUGCUGCUAACUGUGUUUCUGCCAAAAGGAGCUUUGUUGGUCACGAGAGGGAGCUGAGCUGUGCGCGCGCAUUGUUGUGUGUUUCAUCCUUAUUAUUAGACUGGUAGUUUCAGAGGUGGGGUGUGGAGGACCAGGUCCAAUGCGACACACACACUCACACACACUCUAUGUCUGACUGGUGACAACAUCAGCUGCCACUUCGUGUGACAACAUGCAUAACUCUCCUCUUUUCCAGUACCUGCAUGAUCUAGGGCACACAGACUUUGAGGCAUGUCCAACGGCAUCACAGGAGGACGACUAUGGCGGACAAGAGGGAGACCUCACCUCUCCCGACGAAGAUCCAGGGAAGACUUCAGGAGGACGCUUAUGGAGACUGGCUGAAGCUUUGUGGAGAUGGAGUCCGAUUCACCAGGCGGCUGCGUCUCGUAAGAUGGGCCAGCAGCUGGACUGUGUGUUCGGCCAGUACUCGGUGAAGUGCAUUCUGGACCAGGACGUGCUGUUGCAGGAGGACGUGGAGCUGAUUGAGCUGUUAGACCCGAGUCUACUCACCCUCGGCUCGUCUGCUUCUGGCUCAUCCACUCGAGCGAGCGUCCUGCCCAGACCCGGCCUCAUAGCCAGGCCCUCCCUAUGGGACCUGGCGGGGCUGGUGGGCCUGGCUGCAGUGCUGCUGGGUUUGUGCUCCGUGUCUGAGGGCCUGUGGUCGCUGGCCGCGGCCCCCUGGGGCCUGGUGCUGCUGGGCUGGCUGGGAAUGAGGGGGGUCCUGCUGUGGAGGCGGGGCCGCAUGCAGAGAGCCGUCCACUCGCGGGCCACGCAGCUACAGACUCUGGUCCACAACAGCAAGACUCUGACCGGGCUGUCUCGUAAAGCCCUGCGCCUGGUGCAGGAGACGGAGGUCAUCUCCAGAGGGUUCACCCUUUUGCUCGACAGGGUGAGUGCAGCCGGCUCCUUUAGCAGGGCGGGGCCGGGGGCGGUGCCACGCGGCCAGCAGCUGAUCGGAUUGAGGAAGGCCCUGUACCGGGCGCUCCGCACGGCCUUCAGAGCCUCGCGGAGAGCCACCUGUCACAUGCUCAAGGCGUUCCCUCUGAACUCUGAGAUCGAUAAUGUGACCAACUAUGUGUCCGCGGUGCCUCUGAAGGAGCUGGGGCUCGGCCUGGGGAUCGAGCACCUGGGUGACGAGCAGGCUCAGGAGCUGACGGACGACUACAGCCUGCCUGCCCUGAAGAUGCUGUUCCAGCUGUGGGUGGGGCAAAGCUCCGAAUGCUUCCGACGACUUGCUCUUCUCCUGUCACCCCGAAGAACAGAGGAGCCAGAAGUGGGCGGAGCCAGCGGGGACGCCUCCCCUCCUGCCGCCCUGCUGCACCGCUCCAUCGCCGCCGUGACGGAGCCCCUCCAUCGCGCUCUGGCCAGCUGCCUCUGCGAAGUGCAGCGCAGCUUCGACUUCCACCGACACUUUGAGACCCAGCUGAGGACGCCGGGCUCCGACGGGACGGGGAGAGUCAGGGAGAAAUGCCGAGAGCUCAACACCCUGCACUCGUCCAUCCGAAGCCUGCAGCUGCACCUCAAGGCCCUGCUCAGCGAGAUGAUCAUCCUGGAGGACGACCUGGAGAAACUGAUGGUGUCCAAGGAACCCACGGAGUUGACACUCGAGGGCUACCAGGACCUCAGGGACCGGCUGCACCAGCUGCAGCCACACAUGCAGGCCAGCUCGGGCUGCUGGGAGGACACCGUCGGCCAGGUGCAGCGCAUGCUGAGACGGGUCAACGCCUGUCCAGGUAAUGCCGAGGGUCUGGAGCGGCGUGGUCCUCCGCCGCCCGAGAUUCCUGCUCCUCCUCCGUCCUACCCGUUGAUCCUGGACAGAGACUCUGUGCCAGAAGAGCUGGAGUGGGAGGCCUAUGUGUCCGACUCGGACUCCGACGGCGAGAACAGAGGGUCUUGGUCCGACAUCUUGUCACCGGAGGAACGGGAGCGGCAGCGGAGGGAGAGGGAGGAGUCCCGUCGCGUCCUGUCGGAGCUCAAAGCUGUGCUGGGCUUCCGUGCGUCAGAGGGGGAGAGGAUGAAGAGGAAGCAGCUGCUCUUCAACGACCAAGCUGCUCCCUCGGCUCAUGGUGAGAGUCCAGAUACCGUCACGGAGCUGUUAGAUGCUCCGACUUCUCUGGGAUCAGCAGGAAGUGCCGAUGAAGAAGGAACCCACUUUUCGGAGUGCUCUGCAGGAAACGAAGGGGAGGAAGGGGAAGGAGGAGGCGGCAGGGUGAGGCUUGACCCCUCAGCAGAGCCGGUGAUGGAGUUCAGCUGUGGUUUGGAGGAUUUGGGAGGAACUUCGGUGUGUGCAAGAGGAGGAGGAGGAGCGUCUGAGCUGCACCUAUACGACGGCGUCCUGCAGGAGGAAGGGGAGGGCCAGAACGGUCUGGACUGCUGCCUGAAGCCCAAAGUCCCCGCCGUCUCUGUGAUGGACAGGCUGACGGAGAUCCACGGCUCGGAGGCUCUCAGCUUCAGCUCCGCCCUCGCUGCUCAAGUGGCGGCGCACUCACACUCGCUCAUCACCAUGGAGGAGCAGACGUUCGGUGAUGACGAGGAGGAGGAGGAGGAGGAUGGAGAGGAGAGCGACAGACGAACCGCCGAGAAGGACUGAAGUUGAACCCCGCUGCUUUAACCGACCGCUGAGCAGAGACUGUAUUUAUGUCUUAUGUCUGGCUGUCUUUUAUCGAUGGGUCUGUGUUACAUCUUAACUGUUUCUAGUGUGGAGGUAUUUUCAAAUUUACACCACUCUCUAUUCCCCCGUCCGUCCAUCCUACUGUACAUUACUACCCACAGUUCUUACUGCUCGCUCGCUGUUAAAACUCAGGUACCAGAACCACUAAAGCAAAGAAGACCAGAAUGUCUACAGUUCACUCGCUGACAUCCACACAGUGAGUGUUGUUCUCAGUCGUUCAGCAGCUGUGGAAACAGGCGACAAGUGUAAUAGGUUUCUUUGAGAAUAAAAUGGUUUUAUUUGCAGUUUUCAAAACACUCCAAUCUGAGUUAUUGUCAGUUUUGGGCUGGAGGACUUGAGAAGUCGGGAGGAAUAAUGCUGAGAUACAGCGGUAAGAGAGCAUUUAAAAACGUUUCAUCUCGAGACAACGAACAACAACUAAAUGGAAGUUUCGGGGCUUUAUGUAACGUACAGAGAUGAGAGGACAGAGGCCACACCACAAUGUAAAAGUUCUGCAUUCAGAAUUCAACUUAACCUAAAUAUUGCCAACAAAAUGUAGUUGAAGUAUUGAAAAUAUAAUUACUCGUAAAUCAUAAUUUCAGUAAGUAUUUGUAAAAGAACAGGAUUUCAGGAGCUCAAAUUUGUACUUAAGAGCAGUAAUUGAGUACAUGUGCUGUCACACACACACACACACACAGUAUGAGAGGGAGCUCUGCAAAAAGAGGAAGUAGAAUGCUAUUUUUACUAUCGGGGUCUUUAUUUUUGUCCGGCCCUUUCUGCGAUUCCAUCCCUCUACUUACUGUCUGACUGGACACAAUGGGGGCCGGACGCAUAGUGCACCGUACACAAUAUUACAUAAACAUACACAACCCUAUUUGGAAUGCAACACUAUUGUAUCUAAGAACUAAUUCAUGUAGACUGAAACGGCGUCUUUGUUUACAGGGGGAUACUGUACGGACUGAUCUGUGUGCUGCUGUGAGGGGUUGAUUCUCUCUCGUGUGAGGGCAAUCUAUAACUUUAUGUUUCAUACGAUGUUACUGUACGAGUCUAUUCCCUCCCUCCUUCCUAGUCUGACUUGUCACCAUGUCUGCCUUGUCCCGAGGUCUACCCCCUCCUGCAUUCUCCAACGUGAAAUAAAAUACCCUUCUGGAAGAGUUUCGAUGUAUCCUGAAGU